AUGCCCCCUCGGUACAGGCGUCACAACACCACCGAUCCACACGCAAAUACCGGCGUCGGACGGUACACGGGUCGACUUGGAAACACGAAGGCACCGCACGAUUCAAUCACCGCUCCUACCAAUAGUAACAACGCGUGGGAAGACUUGGUGCAAACCGUUCUUCCUUCCAGUAGUAGUAGCAGCAGCCGCACCGAAUCUACCGUCACAUCCAUCGACAGUGACCCCGCCUAUCAACGCCGUAAGGCCGACUGGGCGAGCAAGUACGCGUCCGUGGAAGCCCUGCGGGCAACUUUUGGAGUCAACCGCAACGGUUUCUGGGGAGAUUUAGACGCCGACCGGACGCGCCGUUUGUACAAAACGCUCCUGCCCAAGGCACUCUUGGAACUGCACGCCAUGGGCGUGCAGGCCCAGGAUUUAGCCCCUCUCGCCUACCGUGCCCGCGUCGCCGCCAAACUGUACGCCCGCGAACGAUCCUACGUUACCCUCCGCAUAGGAAGUCACAUGCUCGACGGAAUACGAACCUGGCAACGCUACGGACAAUUCGACGUUACCGGUAUGAGCUACACGCAGGUAUGGGAAAAGUACGCCAAGGCCAUUCUCGAAGAUGCCGACGAAGAUGACGAAUCCCACGCCGCCCUCCGCGAAGAAGACGUUACCGCACAAAUAUGUCUCAAGAUUUUGGAAUCGUCGUGUCGGAGCAACACCAUGAUUGAUCGAUUGUGCCUUGCCAGUGGCAGUCACAACAGCCACCACGAGGAUCACGAUACGACCUGCUUAGUGCCGCCACACCAUUGCGACGAUCUCAACAUUCUCACGCAGGAUUUGGAACGCGACGUUUGGAGUAUUUUGGACGAGGCCCAGACCCGUGCACAUGAUCCUCGACCACACUCACCGACCGAGCACCAACCGUCGUACAAUGUACAGCGCUGGCGUACGCUGCGUACGCUGGCCCGGGUCAAGCGACGUUUGGAACGCUUACAGCACCAUCCUCACCCGGAUUCCCAAUAACCACCACCGCUGGACUCCGCAUUCGUGCGGUCUCGGCAUGUCACUACUACUGAAUAAAACAAAACAUGUGCACACACAAGGUAGCCGCUGCCAAUCCACCUGGUUGGUUGUUUUCUCUCACAAUAAACAACCGCAACCUAGUAAAAUACUGUUUCAACAAG